AUGGCAAUGACAAGAGUUGAUGUCGAUAUAAAUGUUACUGUUGCUACAUCACCACCACGCCAUUUUCUCAUCCUGAACAAUGUACAGAAAAUGAAAAAUAUCAAGAACAUGUUACUAAGUGCUUCGGCCUUUGGAGUCAAAGAGGUUUUUGUCGUAGGACAAAAGAAAUUCAAUCUUCAGGAACAGGAACCAUUUGUAACUUUAUUGAACUGUCGAAUCACGCGUGUGGCCACGUUAAAAGACUGCAGAAAGUAUUGCAUUGAACGAAACAUUUGUAUCAUUGGAGUCGAGAUUAUGCAGAAUGCCAAAAGUAUUGCGGACCAACCAUUUCAUGGUGACUCAGCCUUUAUUAUGGGGAAUGAGGGAAGCGGCAUGAAUGCGGCUCAAGUGGCCAUUUGUGAUGACUUUGUGUAUAUUCCGCAGUAUGGAGGCGGCACAGCGUCCCUUAAUGUGACAGUCGCGGCAUCAAUCAUCUUGCAGAGCUUUGCAUUGUGGGCCAAAUUACCUGCUAAAGAGGUGAUAGUCGAGGUGUAA